CGUUGGGGCUCUGCGGGCGGGGAGAUAAGGCGAUAUCGUCUUUCAGGGUCCUGCAUUUCUUUCUGUUCUUCCCUCCCAGGUGGAGUCGUGGAUUUCUGGAUGAGCUGGAGACGUGGCUCGGUUGGCCAGGGACGGAGUCGGGCCCAGCAGAGAGCCCGCCUCGGGAAGGACACCAGGAGGCGGGCUGGGAAGGAUGAGGGACGGCUGUGGAGACGAACGCCGCAGUAGGAGCCAUUGGAGUUAGACGCCGGGAAGGAGUUCCAGACGGUGUGAGGUCUCAAGGGCAGGAACGGUGACUUUGGCUCAGAAAUCCCAAGAUAGCAGCCUGCUUAGCUCGGCCCUCUUGGGUUUUCUCCAGGAGGAUCUGGCCACCGAAGGGUCGUCUUCUGCUGCUGACCCCCAUCAAAUCCCAUCAUGCCCACAGCCCUGUGUCCCCGAGUCUUGGCUCCGAAGGAAAGUGAGGAGCCCAGGAAAAUGAGGAGCCCACCGGGAGAGAGCCCUGGACCCCAGGGCGAGCCUCCCAGCCCCGAAUCUUCCCGACGCCUCUUCCGCCGGUUCCGCUACCAGGAGGCGGCGGGCCCCCGUGAGGCCCUGCAGCGCCUCUGGGACCUGUGCCGGGGCUGGCUGUGCCCCGAGCGGCACAGCAAGGAGCAGAUCCUGGAGUUGCUGGUGCUGGAGCAAUUCCUAGCCAUCCUGCCUUGCGAGAUCCAGGGCUGGGUGCGUGCCCAGGAGCCGGAGAGUGGAGAGCAGGCUGUGGCUGCUGUGGAGGCACUAGAAAGGGAGCCAGGGAGACCCUGGCAGUGGCUCAAGCACUGUGAGGACCCCGUGGUGAUUGACGAUGGGGAUGGCCCUCUGGACCAGGAGCAGGAGCGGCUCCCAGCAGAGGCCCAGAGCCACCUUGCAAAGAGCCAGGAAGCCCAGCCAGUGGCCCUGCCCCAGGGCCCUGGGCUCCCAAGCAGACUGCCAGGCCAGCUCAGCGGGGACCCAGUUCCUCAGGACCCAUCCCUCCUUCAGGAAGUGAGCGUGAGGGAUGGACAGCAGAUGACCUCUCUCCAGCUGCCCCUGAAACGGGUUUCUCCUUUCGAGGACAUGAUCUUCUGUUUCUCGGAAGAGGACUGGUCCCUUCUAGACCCUGCCCAGACUGGCUUCUACGGGGAAUUCAUCAUUGGAGAGGACUGUGGGGUUUCGCUGCCUCCAAGUGACCAAGCAGCCCAGCAGGACCUCUCCCAGGGUGAGAAGAACGAGCCAUGUGUUCCCGAGCUGCAGGACCUCCAGGGCAAGGGUGCUACCCAGGUCUCCUACUUGGACUUUCCAAGUCUCCAGCCAUUCCAGGUCGAAGAAAGAGGAAAACAGGAUGAGCUACAGGGACCAGAGUCCCAGGCCUGCGAGCAGACGACACUUGCUCAGAGCACCUGCCCAGCUGGAGAUGAUUCACCGCCCCCUAAGAACAGCCUGGAUGAGGAGGUGACCAUCGAGAUCGUCCUAUCCAGCUCUGGGGAUGAAGACUCCCAACUGGGCCCCUACUGCACAGAUGAGACACGGAGCCCCUUGGGGAAGCAAAACGGCACCCCCAUGCCUCAGCAGAAUGGCCUCUCUGUCGGGGGCGAGGUGCAUACCUCUGGGAAGUCCUAUGUGUGCCCCAACUGCGGCAAGGUCUUCCGCUGGAGGGUCAAUUUCAUCCGACACCUGCGCAGCCGCAGGGAGCAGGAGAAGCUGCACGAGUGCUCGGUAUGUGGGGAACUGUUCAGUGACAGCGAGGACCUGGACGGGCACCUGGAAGCCCACGAGGCCCGGAAACCUUUCCGGUGUGGCGCCUGCGGAAGAGCUUCCGCCUCAACUAGCACCUGCUCUGCCACAGGCGGGUCCACCUGCCGCCCACCGGGCCCCUGCCGGUGAUUGGGAGCGAGCAGGGGGCGGCAGAGUCCACAGGUGGGGGGCCUGAUGCAUCGCUGGCUGAGGGCCGGGCCGGCUGAGCAUCCAGUGCUAUGACUGCGGGAAGCUGUUCCAGCGACCUGAACACCUGGCGAGGCACCGCAGCAGUGUGCACGGUAAGGACCGGGCACGGCCCUUUCGGUGCCGGUACUGCGUCAAAAGCUUCCUGCACAACUCCGACCUCCUGCGCCACCAGCGCCUGCAUAUGAAACGCCGCUCCAAGCAGGCUCUCAACUCUUACUGACUGACGCCAGGCACUCCCGGGACGUACCUGCCCCUGGACAGACCUCACCUUCCCACCCUUUGCUCUCAGGUAGAAAUGAGAUAGUGAUCAACUGAGCAUUUCUUUUGUCUCUGCUGUGCCAAAAAGCAGGGAGGGAGGUGCAUAACCAGCUUGGACUCGCCCGGUGUUUCUGGGUCAGAAGAGAGCCCUGUCCAGUGCUUCCCAAGCGGUCUAAGGGACUGGACUGCCCCAACUGCAGUGACCAUUUGGGGUUUGUCCCUUGCCACCAACUCACUAUACUCCCAUGCUGCCUUGUCUGAACCCCUGCCCGUAUCUUGAGGUUCUAGGGUGACUGUACUUCCCAUCUGAGAGCAAGAAGCUGUGGGCGAGAGAAAGGCAGGGAGUGCAUGUGGGCAGCAAGGCCAGGCACACCAAUCCUGCCAUGUCACCAGCUGACCCAAAGAACACCCGCUGUUACCAGGCAGCCCUGUCAGGGUCAGAAGCCUCUGGGGCACUGUACAGCUGCUUGCGAAGGGGAAUUGUGUCAUACUUUUAUUUGCGAAGGCAGCUGCUUAUUAGGGAUUUUGAGUUCACUGAGGGCAAUGCCCACCUUUUAUUUGUUGCACACCCUGCUCAAAUGUCAUUUCUUUGUACCUGAAGGACCCGGUAAAUGGUUGUAGGGUA